ACAGCGUUCCUUUCUACUUCCAAUGGAGGUUCUUUUUACUAAUAUAGUUAAUAUUAGGGUUUCCAGUCAAGAAGCAGCGCUGCUCUAGAAUAUUGACAUUGAUCCUUCUCACUGUCUCACAGGAUCAGGGCCUCCAAAUCUUUAAAGGUUUAAUAAGGGAAUAUGCAGUUUUUCUUUAAAAAUGUUGGUGCCAUUAAACAUGUGAGAUCUUUUAAAGAGUAUAUUAGACCUCAAAUUCAUAAACCUGUUAAAUUGGAACCUAGAACUCACAUCUAUGGGCAUGGAGCAGUUGGAAACUUUAUUAAACAAAGAGAUGAGCAUUCCAAAGUCAUGCCUGUUCCAUUGUGUAUGAAGAGCAUUGUUGCUUCUCCGGAGAGCUUGGGUGCAAGGCCUUUAUCACUACUUAAUGAUAUGCGGAGACCAGAUUUUCGUCACUCUGUGACUGGAAGAUUGGGCCCCAUUAGAAGUAUAACAACGAUCAAUGGUCCAGAGGCCACUGUAACAGAUGGUUCUGCUACUUCCCCUGAUAUUACUAUGCCGCCUCGGAUUAAGUUCAAGAGGCCUGACAAAACAGCCAAACAUAUAAUGCAGAUUUUGGAUAAGGAGGCAGUGGAGGAAGUGAGAAAAGAGAGAGAGAUUCCUGAUAUCCGACCUGGUUAUAUCAUCCAGAUGAAAGUGGUAGUGCCUGAGAAUAAGCGUCGGGUUUCUGUGUUAAAGGCCAUUGUGAUUGCUAGGAGGAACGCAGGCCUCAAUUCGACCUUCAGAGUAAGGAGAUUAGUAGCAGGUGUUGGGGUAGAAGCUGUUUAUCCACUAUACUCCCCAAACAUAAUGGAAAUCAAAGUUUUGGACAAGAAGAAAGUGAGGAGGGCCAAGCUCUACUACCUCAGGGACAAGAUAAAUCCCCUCAAGAAAUAGAAGGAAAGUGCAAAUUGAUCGUUCAUCUAAUUACCUGAUGUGAGGAACACUGUAGGGCAUCUGGGUUUUACCUUUCUUAUUUUUUGAGUUAUCCUCUUGUCCACUAAUAUAUGGGAAUCAAAGGAUUUUUCAAUUUUCCCCCCUUUUUUUUUUUUUCCAGCGCAUGUAUCAUACUUCUGCAAGAGCGCACUGUACACUUGCUCCCUCAAGCAAAAGAGCUGGUUAGGAGGAUUUGUUUUUUAUUUGAACUUUUGGGAUCCGCUUUGGAAACAUUAGAUAAAAUUUUUUUUUUU